GAUUGAAAAUCGCGGAGUCCACAUUACGACAGUGUAUUUGACAAGUCGUCAUUUUCGGAUUCUACGUAGAAUAUUAUACAUCAGUAAAAACCGCAAGUGCCAACAAUUAAUACCUUAAUUUCAUCGUCAAAUUUCGCUCAUAACAUUGCAAUGCGUAUCCUCACUAUAUUUCCGUAUCUCACAAUUUUUUUAAUCGUCGCCAGUUGUCUGGGAAACACUACGAAAGAAACACAGAACGAAAAAGCAUUAACAAAAUUGGUGAAACUCUUUUCAAAACCGGGUGCGUUCAAGCAGAUUGCGGAAAUUCUGGGCGAAAACAAUAUUACGGAAACAUCCACAACGUGCCCCCAAGACGAGGAUGGACUAGAAUGUCGUAGAGCUGAAGCGCGCAGAUCGGCAGAUUGUCCUCGUGGUGACUGUUAUUGCAACAACUGUGCAUCAGCCGGUCCCGAAUUGUGGGCCUCAUGCUGUCGCGAGGGCGUGCGUUGCUGUUCACACCUAGCAGCAGCAUGUCGGACUUGCGACCAGCCGAGCCUCUAUCCGUUCUGUUCUAAGCACUUUAGAAGGUGUCUGGGACAGUUGAACGAAAAGAAGCAAUAGAACUAGGUGGUUUUAAGGUGAAAACAAAAUUGUUCAGCGUUAAGAUAUCGUUUGCUGACGAACGGACGUAAGAAAGUGACAGAGAGACAGAAUCGCACCGCGAAUGUUAAUCCGAAUAAAAUGAUAUACUCAACUUUCAAGCCCGUAAACGUCCGUAAGAUCAUUGCGUAAGGGACAUCCAGUACGAAACAGCAUAUAUAUAUGUAAAAACAUGAGUACAUAGGUGUACAUAAACAUACAACAUUCGUGUCUAUUGACUGGCUAAACUGGGUCGUAAAGUCGAGGCAGUCCGGUGGGUUUCGUUUUUUUUUGAAGGUAAAGUUUUCUUUUCAGUUUCCUUAAUUUUCUGUAUCCUUGUUAUUUUCUGCGUUUCCCUUUCAUUUGCAAAGCGUCGUUCACCUCUUAACGUUGAUCAGUCAACAGUUAUAUGAAUUGCUUGUAAAUAUAUAUUUUUACUUCCCUUUUAAAUUUGUUCACUUUCUUUUUUUGUUCGUACACAUACUCACCAUUACGCUUAGACGCAUAUGUGCGACUUUUGCCUUGACAGUUUAAAAUAAAAUCUUGAAAUACAA